AUGUUUAAGAAGAGGGGUAUCAAAGGAGGUAAUCAGAAGAAGCUCAAGAUAGUCAAUAGUCUGCAAGAAGAGGAUGAAUCUGAAAUUUGUACAGAGGUUUUGGUUAAGAAGAGGAAGGUAAUUCCGUCCGAGAGCAUUCCUGAUGGGAAAGAAGAUGACAAGGCUGCAGGUACGUGCAAUACUGCAGGCAAUUUGAAUGGUUGGGAUGAUGGUGGUGAUGCUAAUGCCGUAAAGAAGGCGUCUCAGGAUACCUUAACUGUGAUGGGCCAUGCUACGAGAGAGCAGGCGUUUGAUAGAGAGAUGGAGAGCGAGACGUCUGUGCAGAAGCUACGAGGAUCGUAUGUAAAGCCGGCGGUUGGUCGUAAUAUUCGGACGAAUAUUCUGAUGGACUAUCAGCCAGAUGUGUGUAAAGAUUUUAAGCAGACGGGGUAUUGCGGUUAUGGUGAUAGUUGUAAAUUCUUACAUUCUAGAGAUGACUUUAAGGCUGGUUGGAAAUUAAACCAGGAAUGGAAGGUUAAGGAUAAGGAAGAGACAGAGUUGGAAAAAGAGGUUGAAGAUAUACCUUUCAAGUGUAUCAUUUGUGAGGAAAACUAUAAAUCCCCCGUUGUAACAAAAUGUGGUCAUUAUUUUUGUUCCAAGUGUUUUAUGAAUCGGGUUAAAAUCACUCCUAACUGUGCUAUAUGUAAAGAAGAUACACAAGGCGUCGUCAAAAUGGCUACUAAGCUACAAAAGCUUUUGGACAGCCAAAAAAAAGUAUGA